GGGCUGAGUUCACACUCGCCCGCAGAGUCUGUUCGCGCUUCCUCUUUGGCACUUCAGCGCGUCCCGACCUCAGGUCCGGGCCACUAGAGUCCGGGGUCCCUGGGAGCUCGGGGUCCGCAACCCCUGGCGUCCCGGGCGGGUGGCCGAGGGGCGCAGGAGCCACCUCCUCCGCGACCAUGCGGAAGCCGGACGGGAAGAUCGUGCUGCUGGGGGACAUGAACGUGGGUAAGACGUCGCUGCUUCAGCGCUACAUGGAGCGUCGCUUCCCGGACACGGUCAGCACCGUGGGCGGCGCCUUCUACCUGAAGCAGUGGCGUUCCUUCAACAUCUCCAUAUGGGACACCGCAGGGCGGGAGCAGUUCCAUGGCCUGGGCUCCAUGUACUGCCGGGGGGCGGCCGCUGUCAUCCUUACAUAUGACGUGAACCACCCACAAAGCCUGCUGGAGCUGGAGGACAGGUUCCUGGGCCUGACAGAAACAGCCAACAACAACUGCUUGUUUGCCAUUGUGGGAAACAAAGUGGACCUGGCCAUGGGGCGGGCCGCAGAGGGCGGGGAGAAGGAAGGAGAGGCCUCUGGGAAGGCAGGCAGCUGCAUCUCCUCCAGGGUACCCAGGCAGGUGCAGCCGGAGGAUGCAAUGGCCCUUUACAAGAAGAUCCUGAAGUACAAGAUGCUGGAUGAGAGGGAGAUGCCAGCCGCUGAGCGGAUGUGCUUUGAGACCAGUGCCAAAACCGGGUACAAUGUGGACCUCCUGUUCGAGACCGUGUUUGACCUGGUGGUGCCUGUGAUCGCCCAGCAGAGGGCUGAGGAGCCGUCCCAGAUUGUGGAUAUAGCCAGCUGCAAAACACCCAAACGGACUAGAUCUGAGUGCUGCACCUGAUGGCUGAGGUCUCCCUCCUGUCACCUGGUGUGUGUGGGAGCCACCGGGCUCAGAAGUGUUUCACAGAACACUGCGUAUAGAGGGCAGUACGUGGAAAUGACCACCAGCUGCUAAUCCA